AUGCCUGCUAAGCGGAAGGCCCCCGGUGCGACAGUCAGCUCUGCCAAGGUUGGUAGGGUCUCUGCCAACUCGACCCCAGGGCCAGCCACACCUCGAUCUCUCGACAGCCCCGACCGACCGUCAGACGCUGACGACCUCGACGAGGGAAUCGCGGAAAUUCAGAAACAACGAGAGAAAGAGCUUGAAGAAGAAGAAGCCGAUGACUUUGUAGGGUUAUGGGCUCUACCGGGCUCUCAACCUGGCAAGGGAACUCAGAGGCCCUCCCACGAUUACCGAGACUAUUCCAAUCUGCAACUAAAGCCUGAUCACCAGAAUCGCCCUUUGUGGAUCGAUCCCGACCGAGGACACAUCAUACUGGAGAGAUUUAGCCCCCUCUCCGAACAAGCGACCGAUUUUUUAAUCACGAUCGCAGAGCCGACAUCUCGACCUUCAUAUUUCCACGAGUAUAUAUUGACAGCCCAUAGUCUCUAUGCUGCUGUAUCUGUGGGACUUCGCCCAGGUGAUAUUAUCAACACCCUGACCCGUUUUCUGAAAACCGAGCUCCCCCUAGGCCUACGAGAGUUUAUCUUAUCUUGUACACGGAGUUUCGGAAAGGUCAAGUUGGUAUUAAACAAUAACAAAUAUUUCGUCGAGAGUAUGGACCCAGAGAUUCUCCGUAAACUUUUGACAGAUGCGGUCAUCGGCAAAUUGCGAUUACAUGGCUCGAGCGAAAUAACAACAACAAUGAAGCCUACGGCCCGGGGACUCGUCAUUCCUGGAACCAAAGAUGCUGCAGGUCUGCAACAAGCAAAUUUGCAGUCGGACAAGGAACCCGGCGACGGUGCGGACGAUAGAGACAAGACUGUAGACAACAUUGCUACGCUUAUCGAAGAUGACAAUGACGAUGAAGAAGCUGUUCAUUCGUUUGAAAUCCCUGAUGUCGCUGUUGAGACAGUACAGAAGAGGUGCCUGGACUUGGGCUAUCCAAUCCUUGAAGAAUACGACUUUCGGCAUGACAAUGUCAACCCAGAUUUAGAGAUUGACCUGCGACCUAACACUCAGAUUCGGCCGUAUCAAGAAAAAAGCCUCAGCAAAAUGUUUGGGAAUGGUCGAGCUAAGAGUGGGAUUAUUGUAUUGCCCUGCGGUGCUGGGAAAACACUCGUCGGCAUUACAGCCGCUUGUACCAUUAAGAAGGGCGUCAUCGUUCUUUGCACCAGCUCUGUGUCAGCUGUCCAGUGGCGAAAAGAGUUCCUUAAAUGGUCAAAUAUCGGUCCUGAUGAUAUCACUCUCUUUACUGCCGAGAACAAGAAAAGAUUUCCAGGUAGUACUGGGGUUAUUGUUACAACAUACUCAAUGGUUACGAAUAGCCGCGAACGAUCUCAUGAUUCACAGAAAAUGAUGAACUUUCUACAGACGCGCGAAUGGGGCCUAAUGCUUCUUGAUGAGGUCCACGUCGUGCCAGCUAAUAUGUUCCGGCGAGUUAUUGCAUCAAUUAAAUCUCACUCAAAAUUAGGUCUUACAGCCACACUCCUUCGAGAGGAUGAUAAGAUAUCUGAUCUUAACUUCCUCAUCGGGCCAAAGCUAUUUGAGGCCAACUGGAUAGAACUUUCUCAACAGGGGCAUAUUGCUCGAGUUCAAUGUGCAGAGGUGUGGUGCCCAAUGCCAACAGAAUUUUACGAAUCAUACUUGCAAGUAUCUUCUCACGUCAUUAAGCGAACGUUACGUGCUGUGAAUCCUCGCAAGUUCCAGGCAUGUCAAUAUCUUAUUAACUACCAUGAAGCUCGUGGUGAUAAGAUCAUUAUCUUCUCUGAUGAGCUUUACUCAUUAAAGCUAUAUGCACUUAAGCUAAGCAAAGCUUUUAUCUAUGGCGGCACUGGCCAGGAGGAGCGGAUAAGGAUCCUGGAAAAUUUCCAGCAUAACCCUCAGAUCAACACACUCUUCUUAUCUAAAAUCGGCGAUACAUCACUUGACCUUCCUGAGGCGACUUGUCUGAUUCAGAUAUCCUCUCAUUUUGGAUCUAGACGUCAGGAAGCACAGCGACUUGGGCGUAUUCUACGUGCAAAGCGCAGAAAUGAUGAAGGAUUUAAUGCUUUCUUUUACUCACUUGUUUCCAAGGAUACUCAAGAAAUGUACUUUUCAUCCAAGCGACAGGCAUUUCUCGUGGAUCAAGGAUAUGCUUUCAAGGUCAUCACACAACUAGCUGACAUUGACCAACUGCCUGACCUAGCAUUUUCAACGGCAACAGAGCGGCGUGAGCUGCUCCAGCGUACUCUGAUUGAUAAGGAUAAGUGGGGUGAGGAGGAUGUCGGGGCAGACGAUCUAUUCCAUUUGGAGAAGCCCACUGGACGAGGAAAGAAGAAGACUGGAAUUCGGCGUACUGCUGGAUUGCUCGGCGAACUGAGUGGUGGUCAAGAUAUGGCAUACGUCGAGCAAAACAAGGCGGCAAAUAAAACACUGAAGAAGGACAAUAAAGGUGGUCAAAGUGCUUUUUUUAAAAAGAUUGCAAGAGAAAAGCAACGACGGAGAGACAAUGCUUGA